AUGCGCUUCCGCCCCGACUUUUACCCGUCGGUCUCGCCGUCCCAGCACGAGCAUCUGCGGCUGCUCGCCAAGAAAUCGGUCGCCGACCUCCUUCAAGUGGCCGCGGCCUACGACGGGUCGGGCGCCCGCACGCGGUUUGAGAUGCUGCCGCCGCUCCACGGCAACCCGGACGUGCAGUCGAUCUGCGGCACCGUGACGUUGCAAGCAUCACUGGAAGACAUCGAGGCCAUCAUGCAAUGCCACGUUGCCAACACGGCCGAGAGUCAAGCGUUUGCCAAGACCGUCGAGACGCACGUCAAGGCCUCGGCGCUGCUGUUGCAGCUGAGCCCGAGCAUGACGAUCAACUGGGCCAUGAUCGAGUCGCAGUCGUCGGUCAUGCGGCACCGCGACUUUGUCUACGUACAGUGCCGCGAGCACAAGGUUAUCGACGGCGUCGACACGUGGGUGUCGUGCACGCACUCGGUCAAGAUUGACGGGUGCCCGCCGCUCGACGAGUCGCUUGAGCUCGUGCGCGGCGGCUUGUACGCCUCGGGCUAUGUCUUUUCCGCGCACCCGACCGAAGGCAUUGUCCGCGCCACGUACGUGCUCUCGGUGGACUUUAAGGGCCGGACGCCCCACGCGUGGACGUCGACAACGCUGAAGAACUGGUGCCACGCGCUCUCGCGCAUGCAGAGCUUCUUUGACGCGCGCCACGUCGGCCGUCUCUCGAGCUACGUGCGCAGCGACAUGGAGGUCAAGUCCGUCAAGGACGUGGCGUACUGCCACGUGUGCGGCGGCGACUUCUUCGCCUGGACAAAAAAGGACAAUUGCCGCAUCUGCGGCGAGGUCGUGUGUCCGUCGUGCACUGAGAAGAAGGACGUCGCGUUGCCGUCCGGCGUCCGCAAGCUCGCUAUGUGCACUGUCUGCUUGCACUCGAAAUUUGAGCCCGAGAAGCUCUCGCCACGCCUGCGCCAGAGUCGGUCGUGGCCCGACGAGCAAUACAAUGCACGACCGCCGCGGCCGCAGCGCUGGAGCACAGCACGUGUGUCAGCGGAUGCGCUUGACAUUGGCGACUUUACCGUGCCCCGGUCGCGGUCGCUGGUCGUCCACCCGCCAAUCGAGCCCGAGCCGGUUGUUGUUGUUGCCACCAAAGAGCGGGCGACAAGCCAUCGGAGGUCGCACCAGCGGUCGAUGGACCGCGCGUCGUUUGAGGAGAUGCAGCGCGUGUGUCAACCUCGACUGUCGUUUGAAGCCGACGGCGACGUCGAUCUCUUUGACAAGGUCUUCUAG